AUGUUGAAGAGUAUGAGGUAACGUAAUGCUCGGCACAGUAAGGUAAAAUCGUCGAUUAAUGUGGUGUGGGACGCACAUAAUUGCGCCCAGAAGAAGUGAUACACGCUAAGAAGUGUCAUAACGUUGUAAUGGCGCAGUAAUAAUGCGGUCAGUGGGAUAGAAAGGUCGUUGCUUUACAGCUGAAGCUGCCAGUGAGACGCCUCAGCUGAGCCCAGCUGCUGCCUGGAUACCUUAUUUCACCCUGAAGAAAGUGAAUCUCCUUCCAAAAUGAGCCGGGACGUUCCCAUCCACAGCUGGCCCGGCUCCUAUUACAUCAACAGCGAGAAGAGGUGGGAAAAUGGUACUCUGUCCCUCACCAGGACCAUGGUGCGCUUCGUCUCGAACCAGAGCAAGGAGAGUCUCGCCAGCUUUCGCCUCUCCAGGAUCAUGGAGAUCAAGAUGGAGUCAUCCAGUUUCAUCUUCAGCACCCUCACGGUGCUUGAGGAGGGCAAUGUGAAACACUGGUUCGGCUCCCUGAAGCCCAACAGGGUGGUGGUUUAUAAUGUGUUAGAGCAUUUCUGGAGAGAACGCCUUCUGUCCCCAAGCUCAGAGGCCAAAGGGGCAGAGUGUCAACCCUCUAAAGGCAGAGAGCUGAUCAACCUGGUGGCAGGGGCACAGAGAAGACUGGAGGACACCGGUAGAGUCCUCAGCCACCAAGGAGAGCAGUUUGACAAUAUGAUGCAGGGACUGGAGAAGAUUGACUCUGAUCUGGGCGUGGCUGAUAAACUUUUGUUAGAGCUGGAGUCUCCCUCCUGGUGGCCUUUUGGUAAACUCCCCUGGAAGACUCAGCAGGACGCCAAGGCUGAGGACGCUGCAAGAGCUGCAGCUGCAGCAGCUUCUGCAGCUAGCAGAGGCUCCGCAAGACAUAAGGUGAUCACAAGCAUCCCAGCCGUAGUGAGCAAAGGCGGGAACUCGGACUUAAAACCCGGAUGCUUGCUGGUACUGGUCUCCGCUCUUGAGGUGCGAGACACAAACUGCCAACUCCUCCAUCGCUUCGAACGAAAUGAAAUCGACGAAAUCAGAGUGCACAGUCCAUAUGAGAUCACUGUUCGACAGCGGUUCAUUGGGAAGCCGGAUAUAUGCUACAGGUUCCUGUCUGCCAAGAUGCCAGAGGCAAUGUCAGUUUUAGAGAUGCAGUACAAAAAGAAAGUGGAGUUCACCAGUGAAUACAGUGCUUUCAAAGCAACUCCACUUUCAUCUCCAUGUGACACAGAGGGGCCCAACUGGAAUGAAGAGUCAGGUUUGCUGCAAAGGUGCCAAGACAUAGAGCUCCCGCUGGAGGUCCCAGCUGGAGAGCUGUCCCAGUUGCAGGUGCACGUCGUCCAGCCAUCUGUUAGUCAGGCUGAAGCGCAGGAACUCAAGCAGAUGCUGAUGCAGCUGAAGAACCUUGCCCUGGAGGCAGAGACGGAGCUGGAACGGCAGGACGAUGUUCUGGAUGACCUGACCAGCUCCACUGACCGAGCCACCAUGCACAUAGAGAAGCACACCUGCCGCAUGAAAAGACUGCUGUAGCUGUGACAGGCCAGCAGACACAUGCGGCCACUGUGUCCCUCCUGAGAAAUGCACUGGAAGUUUCCUCAUUGUCCUCAAGGGAUUGGUGCAAUGUGAAAACAGCGGAAUACAGCAGUAGGGACUUGCAUAUACACUAAAUACUUCAUAGGAUGUUUGUUGUUAAAAAUCAAGUGUCUUCAAGGGUCAGUGAUGUCUGGGAAGUGUCUGCUUAGUACUAAAGAUGUUCACCAAAAUCCCUGAAAUUUGCACAUUAUGAUGACUUAAAAUAAGGACACACCUUAGUAUAUCACAACAAUAUUUCUAUCUAUUACAUUAAGUGUCUCAUCUGUGGGCUCAUACAUUUUUGUGAUAUUUCUACAUGUUUUACAUUAAGCAUUUUGUGUGAAUUAGUCCUUCCUUUAUAAAUUCCAUUAUUUUAUUUGAAACAAUUCAGUGUGACUUGGAUAAUUUAGCCAUCUUUAUGAAUGGUAGAGUGUGUGCUCUAUCAAUAACACCUAAAAUGACAAAACAAGGCUAAAAUCUCUGAGAGCAACAGCCAAUAUUUCAAGGGUUCAGGUAUGGCCAGAGAAUAUACAAGGCAAGACUUGUUGAUUGUUUACAGUUUGAUCAGCAACUUGAGACAGGUCCAAACAAUAUUUUGGCUAAUCUGUAUGAACAAAUAUCUGAAUUUGAAUGCAGAUACAUCAUUUGAAAAAAGGUAAUAAAAUGCAAAAAGUCAUCAGACGAGAGCUGUUGGGUUCAAAGUUUGUAAUUCAGCCAUACGUUCCGCCUCUUGUGCUCCCCAUACAAAAUGUAAGUGAAUUUGCAUUUCCUAGGAUGGCAAAGAAAAAGCCUACGCUACUCUGCCUUACUCUGCCUCUCAAUGGCUUACUCUGACAUUUUUACCCUAACCCUAAAUAAUCCUCUCCUCUUACCUAAACCUAACCAAUUCGAAUACAUGCUACAUUAGCCUGGUAUGAAAAGUUAUUUCCUCUCAUGCUGGUGCUAAAAUGUACAUGCUGGUUGUCCUUGCAGCGUAUUCAGUGACACAUUUUGGGUGAGACAAAGGCGAUGUGCAACAGUCAGCCUUUGUCGCCGCUAGUGCUUUGAUGUAGAUUUGGUGUCUGGGACUUCAGAUGAUGUUAGCUGCACAACUGUCAUUUUGAAAACACUUUUUUCCCAACUGUCUCGCUUGGUUAAGAUUCUGUGAAAAGAGAGGUGUGCUCUGAAAAUUCAUCAAUAUAUAAACAACAAAAACGGGCACCCGGUUCCCCACCCAGCACUGGUAGUGGUGCUUAUAGCUUGGCUCAGCCUAUUUAACCGCACUGGCAAAGUUUGUGGUGGGAAGCCAGUGAGGGGUCAAAUGAUUGUCAAAGUCCAGCUGACUGACUGAUUGGCAUCUUGUUUGGGGGAAUAGCAUGAAUCCACAUUGCAUGAUAUGCCCUCCCAGGGAAACUGGCUGGUGAAAAAAUAAGCUGUCAACUAAGUUUGGACUUUCCCCGAGCCCAGUGGGAAACAGCAAUGGCAACAAGCACAUGGAAAAGAAAAAUGGACAUUUGAAAAGCAAAAACAGAAAAUAACAGGGUUAUUUAAUCUCUUUACACAAUCUUAUUUUUAAAAAUCUGCAUGUUGCUUCCAUGACAAGUAUUAUUGAAACAACAGAACUUGUAAGAGUGACUGAUAACUCGAUUUGAUCGUGUCAAUGUAAUUUGGGUACAAUAGAUUUCACCUCAAAACGAUUAGAGAGUAAUAGACUGACAGCUAAAGUUUUCCAGUAUCAGCACUGCACUUUCUUUGUUUCUGAUGAUGUACUGCCACACUUCCUUUUUGUAACCAUUUCUGUCCUGAUGACUUCUCUUUCUCAGGUUCUAGUUGUCACUUAUCCUCUCUGGACACAGUUUCUCUGUGGCUUAAUGUUGCAUGUCUCAAUAUUUCCGCUUUGUAUUGCAUCAAGUAAAAGCUGCCCGUCAUUAUCAAUAUAUAGCAGAAGACUGUAAAUGUGCAAACAGAAAACAUUUCCUCUGUUUUUAAAUAUUACACACGAAGUACACCCUAUUAUGGUCUACGUAAACUGUAUAUGUCUUGCUAAAGAUUGGUACUAUUACAAAUCUGUAUUAUCUGUGAAUGACUGACACAUGUAUUGUAAUUCUGUGAUUUUAUUGUAAUGUCACCGUGUCACAUGUAAUAAGCUGAAAGUUAAACUGUUAAACCUGUACCAUGUUUUUAAAUAAUGAUUUUAGUGUUGUUUAGAUGCUUCUUUUUGCCGAUCAUACCAAAUUCAUCCUGACACUGGUUACAACUAAACAGUUAGCUCUAAAUAUAACAGUAAAAGUGCACCUGCAUCCUUCUCAUGGCAAACAAAUGAAUAAAAAA